AUCAGAUUCAACAGCACUCCCGAAAAGAAAAGAAGACAAGGAGACCUAAGAUUCAAAAUCAACGAAAAAGAAGAAUAUAUACCUAUUGAUUUAUUGAUUUAUUGAUUGAAUAACUUUCAAGGAACCGCCUCCCUACUCCCCUCCUACUAUGUCUUCUACCACCAGCAAAGCCGGCAAAGUACUCUUUGAAAUACCGCUUCGUGACGAAAGCGAUGGUGUAGAAGAAGGAGAUAGAGCAGGAGCAAAUGAUAACAAGAUCGUCUGCACGGAACCUGCACCCCGAGUGUAUUUGUUGACCUUCAGGAAUGCGCCGGAUAACCGAUUGGUAACAUCCUUCUGCAAAUCCCUCCUCCUCUCCCUCUCCAUCCUCCAACACCGCCACCCUCAAGGAGUCGUCAUAACCACCUCCUCACUCCCCAAAUUCUACUCCAACGGCAUGGACAUUUCACACUCCAACUUCCACGCCGACUACCUCCCCACAUACCUCUACGGCCUCUUUCGCCGACUUCUCACUUUCCCCAUGCCCACCAUCGCACUCGUCAACGGACAUGCGUUUGCAGGAGGCUUCAUGUUGGCGAUGAUGCAUGAUUAUCGUGUCAUGAAUGUAGAGAGGGGAUGGGUGUGUUUGAAUGAAUUAGAACUCGGAUUGCCGUUGCGAGGGGCGAUGUUGGGGGUUUUUCGGGAAAAGGUGAGGGAUGCGGGGGUGUUGAGAAAGGUGGUUUUGGAGGCGAAGAGGUUUUCGGGACAAGAGGCACUGCAGGACGGGUUGGUGGAUGGGUUGGGGGGACUAGAGGAGACUUUGCGGUUGGUGGAGGAGUGGGGAUUGGUGGGCAAGGUUGCUGGGAGGGAGAAGGGGAAGUCGUCGGUGUAUGGGAAGUUGAAGAGGGAGAUGUGGAGGGGAACGAUUGCGUUGUUGGAUGAUUGGGUGGAUGAGAGUACGAGGUUGGGGAGGAUGGAGAGGGAGGUGAGGGAGGAGGAUAGGGUGAGUUUGAGGAGUGUGGAGAAUUGGGAGAGG